AAUAGAAAAGUUCAUCUGAACGGGACGCUCCGGCGGGGUGGGCUCUGUGGCACGUUGCGGUUCGGGUCCAGGUGUGCCAUGAAGACAGUGCGCUGAAAUUUCUCAUUCCGCCUCAAAAGCCCUCCCCGGUUCAUGUCCUGUCCAUCGACUUUUCUCUCCAUCCACCUCCAUCCCUCUGAGUCAGUCUGCUGACUGCCAUGGCUUCCACUGCUUUAUUGCUGCUGGCUCUCUCCUCCUUCCCCUCGCUCACAGUGGCAGUUUUGUUUGGUGAGCCCAGAAUAUAUGGUGAGGAUGCUACUGGUUACGGCCCCAUAUUUGAAGAGGAGCCUGUGGAUGUGGUUUACAUCGAAGACUCACCUGAUGGGAGAAUCUCCAUGAACUGCAGAGCACGUGCUAACCCCCCAGCUACAUACAGGUGGCGUCGGGAUAACUGGGAAAUCAAGCUCAAGGAGCAGCCGGAUGAACACUACAGCCUGGUGGGGGGGAAUUUGGUAAUCACCAAUCCAAUCCAGAAGAAACAUGCUGGGACGUACGUCUGUGUGGCCAGGAAUAUUUACGGCACCGUUAUCAGCAAAGAGGCCAGAGUCAAGUUUGGAUUUCUGGGUGAGUUUCCUGAUGAAGAGAGAGAGCCAGUUUAUGUCAAAGAAGGACAGGGAGCAGUUCUGUUGUGUGUACCUCCAAAAGCCUGGCCACAGGAGGUUACCUACCGCUGGAUCUACAAUGAGUUCCCAGUGUUCCUGAACACAGACCGUCGUAGGUUUGUCUCCCAGAAGACUGGGAACCUCUACAUUGCCAAGGUGGAAGCUCAGGAUGCGGGAAACUACUCUUGCUUUGUUUCUAGUCCCGUCUUAGGAAAGAGUGUUUUCUCCAAAUUCAUCCCUCUCAUCCCCUUACCCCCUGACGAUGGUGAGGAGAGAAAAUACCCAGCAGACAUCAGGGUGAAGUUCCCAGAUACGACUGCCAUGCUGGCCUCUAAUAUUACAUUAGAAUGCUUUGCUCUUGGAAAUCCCAUCCCACAUAUUGUAUGGAGGAAGGUUGAUGCUACAGACCUCCCGGCUAAUCAUGAAAUCAGUGAAUCGGGGGCCGUGCUUCAUCUGUUUAAUGUACAGUACGAAGAUGUGGGAUUUUAUGACUGUGAAGCCAUCAACACUAAAGGAAAGGACUGGCACAAGGCCUGGCUCUAUGUGGAGUCUGCUCCGGAGUGGGCAGAGACCAUCAAUAACACGAUGAAAGACAUUGGCUCAGAGCACACCAUGCGCUGUGUGGCAUCAGGGAAACCCUUCCCUUUCAUCCGCUGGUAUAAAGAUGGAUAUAUGUAUGGUAAAGGUGAGCUGAAGUUUUCCAGCCUGACUUUUGCUGACUCCGGGAUGUAUCAGUGCAUCGCUGAGAACUACUGGGGCAUCAAAUACGCCAACGCUGAGCUGCGAGUCAUCGCCUGUGCGCCAACAUUCGAGUUCAACCCUGUGAAGAAGCAGCUUCUCGGAGCUAAAGACGGACGUGUGGUGAUUGAGUGUAAACCCAGAGCGGCUCCUAGACCUCGAUUCACCUGGACAAAGGGCAAAGAGCUCCUCUACAACAGCUCACGCAUUUCAAUCAUGUUUGACGGGAGUCUGGAGAUCUUGAAUGCCACCAAAAACGAUGAAGGGGUUUACACCUGCUUUGCGGAGAAUGACAGAGGAAAGGCCAACAGCUCUGGCUAUCUCACCAUCACAGAGGCUACCAGCAUCACAGUAGCACCUGAGGACACUGAGGUUAGAGUUGGUGACGAGGUGAUUCUGAAGUGUCAAGCUUCAUACGACCCCAUGCUGGACAUCACAUUUAUCUGGGCUAUAGACUUCAGAGUCAUCGACUUUAAUGCAGAGUGGCAACAAUAUGAACGUGUCAUGAACGAAGAUGGUGUUGGCGACCUGAGAAUAUUGAACGCUCAAAUUUGGCACGAAGGUCGCUACACCUGCACGGCUCAGACUGUUGUGGACAGUGACACUGCCUACUGUGAUCUCAAGAUUGUAGGUGUUCCUGGUCCUCCUGGUGUGAUUCGGGUGGAAGAGAUUGGGGACACGUGGGUGAAGCUGUGGUGGACUAAAGGAGCUGAGCAUAAUAGCCCUAUUCUCUACUAUACCAUUCAGACCAGACACUACUGGGCUCUAUAUGAAGAUGACUGGAGGAAUGCCAGCACUUCUCCAACUGUUCUUGAUGGCAGUAUGGAGAAAGCAGAGGUGACAGACUUGUAUCCUUGGAUGGAAUAUCAGUUUAGGAUCAUUGCUACUAAUGAGCAUGGCUCUGGAGAGGCCAGUAUCCCCUCCCUCAAGAUCAAAACCUGGGACGCUCCACCAGUUGUGUCUCCCACCAAUCUGGCCGGUUAUGGAGGUCGAAAUGGUGAGAUAAUCAUCACGUGGACACCCGUGGAGCCUUGGUACUUCUAUGGUAAGAAGUUUGGCUACAUCGUCGCGUUUAAGCCUCACGAUGCUUACGACUGGUGGUACGAGACCAUCUCGGACCCUGAGACAAGACGACACGUUCACAGAGACACCUAUUUCAUCCCCACUGAGGAAGACUUCCAGGUGCGAGAGUUUCAGGUGAAGAUCAAGUCAUUUAAUGUGAAAGGAGACGGACCCUACACCCUCACAAAGGUCAUCUACUAUCCACGAGAUGUACCUACAGAAUCUCCAACAGAUAUCUACGCUAGGCCUGUGUCCUCCACUGAAGCUCUGGUUUGGUGGUUGCCAGUGGUUGACACUGGAACAGGCCUACAACAGUAUAUUGAGGGAUACCAGGUCAGAUACUGGAGAAAAUAUGAUGAUCCGGAACCAGGUGCCAAUCGUAUUUUUGUCUCAGCCUCAGUCAAUCAGACAAGGCUGGAAAAUAUGCUGCCAGAUUCACACUACCUCAUCGAGGUCCGUGCCUACAAUGGAGCAGGCCUCGGACCCCCUGGAGAAAUGUGUGAGAUGUUCACCAAGAGGCCACCACCACCAGAUCCUCCCAGGAUGUGGCGAUACAUCAGUUGGACAGGGAAAUGGCUGUAUGUGUGGUGGGAUCAUAUCCAGUACGACUGGUUCGGUAAUAUUUCCUUCCCGCUGUACUACAAGGUCAUGUUCAGAAAGUCAGGCUACAUCUAUGGGAAGGUCUACAUCACUGGCUGGCACUUCAUGGACUUCCCCAUGCCUCAGGUUGGAGAUUAUGAACUGAUGGUGCGUGGCCGUUAUGAAGGAGGAGAUGGCCCAAUCAGGAGGAUUAAGAUUCUGGGUCAUGCAUCCACAAUCACGCCCACCUUAAGCCUGGUGUCUUUGGUGCUGCUGGCACUGUGCGUUGUGGGACUGGAAAUUUAAGCCUGCCUCAAGCAACAUGUAUAUAACAGACUCUGGGAAGCAAAUACACGGACCAUAUUGAGGAUCUAGUCUUUAUUAUCAAACAGUCUUCACAUUGAUGCUCACUAAGAUGCCACAUCCUGCAUCCUUCUAGCUUUUGUUCAGGUGUAACACAAUACUGGAAAAAGAAAAUUGUUUCUCAAAAAUAAGAUUUGUUGUUAAUCCAAAUGCUUUUCUAGACCAAUUACCAACCAUAUUUGUAUACCAUCAUAUGACAAGAUCUAAAAUGUCUUGAAUGGAUUAUAUGACAAGGCACAUGAUUCUCCAAACACUGUGUAGAUAGAAAUAAAUGCACAAGGAAAAGAAAGUUUAAGUUGUUUGUCAAGCGAAAAGUGCGAUUUUCCAGUCUCUUAAGUUAUUUUCUAUUAAUUCUUUUUGUUGGAAAAAUUAUGAUUUCUUUUUACACAGACAGUCUCCAUCUCUCUGUUAAAUCAGUCAUUAGUAUGUACACAAAAAUAUAAUAAGAAAUGCUUUUGGUUAUUUUUAAAAAGUGUUUAUGAAAACUAUGUAAGUUAUUUGUGAAUAGCGUUUUUUCUUCUUCUUUUUUAAAUUUAUUUAUUGAAACAGGAGUAAUGCUACCAACGAUGGGGACAGAAUGUUGGUGGGGGAGCUGUGGGUUUCGCAAUGACUCUAAAUUGUUAUUCGGAGUUAUUAACAAUGAAAGACAUAUCGCUUUGACAUCUACUACUGUAUAUCACCUGGAUCUGUACGCUAACUUCUUUUGUGUCAAGCUGCAAAACCAUUAAACCGAAUGCAACAAACAAAUGA